AUGCUUGAACAACUUGUGUACGAAAGCGACAGAGUUCGACUUUCAAGGAACGCUACAAAAACCAAAGUAAUGACAAACGUAUACAAAACCCCUAUCACAGUCAACGGCACAAAAAUAGAAUAUGUCAAUGAAUAUACAUACCUUGGACAGAUAGUAUCACCAAAUGAUCUUACAACAAAAGAAAUAAACAAUCAGAGUACAGUUAGCAUGGAAAAGACAUCGGUCCCUAAAAGAAAUUGUCAAAAACCCACAAGUACCACUUUAAGCUAA